AAAACUACUGCACCUGCAGGUCCAUUACCCUAUUCCAUUCCACCACUCCUUAGCCUCUCUCUCCAUAAGUACCCCCUUCCACCUUCUCACUUUCCACUCAUCCCCAAAUCACUCACCUCUCUUUCUCUCUCUCUCUCUCUUGCAAUGGCUGCAAUUCUUCUCCUCACCAUUGCAUCACUAACCUCACUUUUUGCUCCAACCACCGCUCGAAUCCCUGGAGUUUACACCGGCGGCCCUUGGACCAGUGCUCAUGCUACUUUCUACGGCGGCAGUGAUGCCUCCGGAACAAUGGGUGGUGCUUGUGGGUACGGAAACUUAUACAGCCAAGGCUACGGCGUCAACACCGCAGCACUAAGCACAGCACUAUUCAACAAUGGCUUAAGUUGCGGUGCAUGUUUUGAGCUCAAGUGUGACCAAGAUCCACGGUGGUGUAACCCUGGAAACCCUUCCAUCUUAAUCACUGCAACAAACUUUUGUCCUCCAAAUUUCGCUGAACCUAGUGACAAUGGUGGCUGGUGUAACCCACCUCGACCACACUUUGAUCUUGCCAUGCCCAUGUUCCUUAAGAUCGCUCAAUACCGCGCCGGAAUCGUCCCCGUUGCUUACCGCCGUGUGCCAUGCAGAAAGGCAGGAGGCAUCAGAUUCACAAUCAACGGUUUCCGUUACUUCAACUUGGUUCUAAUCACCAACGUCGCGGGUGCAGGGGAUAUCGUGCGCGUGAGUGUAAAAGGAACCAACACAGCGUGGAUGACAAUGAGCCGUAACUGGGGGCAAAACUGGCAAUCCAACGCAGUUUUUGUGGGCCAGGCUCUCUCUUUUAGGGUCACCGGCAGUGACCGUCGUACAUCAACGUCAUGGAACGUGGCACCACCUCAUUGGCAGUUCGGACAAACCUUCACAGGAAAGAAUUUCCGCGUCUGAAAAAAUUAUUAAAAAAAAAAGAAAAAUCGAUACUCUAUAUUUUUGACUUGUUGUUUAAGUUUUUCCCUCUUCAAAUUUUCCUUUAUUUUCCCGGGAAAAUUUUGAACUGGGUAUGAAAAAGUAUUAGGGUAGUUUUAGGAAAAGUAAAGGUGAAAGUGAAAGUAAAAGUGAAAGUAAGUUUAUUAAUAUUAAUAUAUUAAUGUAAGUCGAAGGGGAAAGGGUGUUUGUAUUAAAGUUUUAAAGUGUUGCUAAAAGUGUAAUGUGAUGGGUAUGCUGGUAUAUUAAUUACCCAGCAUUUGAAACCCAUUUCUUUGUGUUUUUUUUUGGAAGUCAAAAGUGUGUAUAGCUGAAGAGGUUGCAAGGAUAAUGAACAUGUAGCCCGCAGCUCUAGUUUUAUUAUUAUAAACUAAAGUUUGUUACUA